AUGACCGCGGCGCCAGCGAAGGGACUGAGGAACCCAAGCAGGAGGAGGAGAGGUAGCAUCCGAACACCUGCUGUGACCGGAGAAAGUCCAUCAACGAUUUGUAUCCGUUGUGGAAGGAAUAUGGUAGCCGCAAGGGAACCACAGGCUCUGCAUGUCGGGAUUCGACGAAUCCCAGAAGUGGGAGCAGGCAGAAAGAUAGGAUUAACGGAAGGAGAACUUGCACGGAGACCCAGGGGUACCCGUCUGUUCCCCCAACUUGAAGCUAGAGGUGCAGUGGCUGCCAGCAAAAGGAAACUGCCAAUCCAGUCAACCCUCUUUUGGAGAACCUCGAGGGUCGUUGGUCCGAGGUCCGGAUCGCUGAGUGCGUAA